CAUCCUGACAGAGGACCAGAGGGACUCGGCCACAGAGUUGGCUUUUAAGUACGCAGUCUACCAGAUCAACAACGACCGUGUUAUACUACCCAACACGACCCUCGUCUUUGAUAUCCAGUACGUGCCUCGCGACGACUCCUUCCACACGGCCAAGAAGGCUUGCAAGCAGAUAACCUUCGGAGUCCAGGCAAUGUUUGGACCGUUCGAUCCUCUCCUUGGAUCACAUAUCCAGUCCAUCACUGACGCUCUGGAUAUCCCACAUCUGGAGGCCAGGAUGGACAUAGAGCCUCAGGAGAAAGAGUUCAGUAUUAAUCUCUUCCCCUCACACAUCUUCCUCAACCAGGCCUACAAGGACAUGAUCCAGUUUCUGAAGUGGAAGAAAGUGGCCAUCGUCUACGAGGAGGAUUUCGGUCUCAUGAAGUUACAGGAGAUAAUUCGGUCUCCGCCGAGUAAAAACGUCGAGAUGUACAUCAGACAAGGACAUCCGGACAACUACAGGGACAUCCUGAAGGAAGUCAAACACAAGGAAAUCUUUAGUAUUAUCGUUGAUACCUUACCCAGGAACAUGCGUCUCUUCUUGCGUUGUUUGCUUCAGCUACAAAUGAAUGACUACCGAUAUCACUACCUCUUCACUACCUUCGACAUUGAGACGUUCGAUCUUGAAGACUUUAAGUACAACUAUGUUAAUAUGACGGCCUUCAGGAUAGUGGACACCAGUAACUCGCACGUUCGGAAGAUCCUUCACGAUAUGGAGAAGUUCCAGCCUUUCGGUCAUUCCAUUCUUAACAAGUCUUCCAUUAUCAAGGCAGAACCAGCCCUCAUCUAUGACAGCGUCAACGUGUUCGCUAAGGGUCUUCACGCUCUGGAGCGCUCCGCCACUCUCAGUCUAGCCAACCUCUCCUGUGAGAACGAGAAGCCCUGGGGAGACGGAUCUUCACUCUUCAACUACAUCAAUGCCGUAGAGUACGACGGCCUCACUGGACCUAUCAAGUUUACUGAAGGCAAGAGAAGUAACUUUAAGUUGGACAUACUGAAGCUGAGAAAUGAGGAACUUAUUAAGGUGGGAGAGUGGACGCCGGAGCGUCAGAUCAACAUCACGGACAGACAAGCGUUCUUCGAGGGGGGACGUCCCAACAUUACCCUGAAGAUCAUCACCAUAGAGGAGAACCCGUACGUGAAGAUCCGCAGGCAGAAGAACCUUACCGGGAACUCCCGGUUCUACGGGUACUGUGUCGACCUGCUCGACCAGUUGGCUGGGAUGGUUGGAUUCAAUUACGAAAUCGAAAUUCAACCUUCUGGGAGAUACGGUUCUUAUAACGAAACAACAGGAGAGUGGGAUGGUCUGGUCAGAACCAUUAUGGAGAAGGAGACGCCCUUCGUGAUGACCAAACUCGCCAAGAACAUGACAGGGAACGGCCGUUACGAAGGCUUCUGCGUGGACCUCAUCAGACAGGUGUCCACCAUGGCCGGUUUCGAGUAUGAAAUUGUCGUCUCUGGAGAUGGCUUAUAUGGUCUUAUCGACACCGAAACCGGGGAAUGGAAUGGUCUGGUCAGGGAUCUGAUAGAUAAGAAAGCUGACCUGGCUGUAGGAUCUAUGACUAUCAACUACGCCAGAGAAAGUGUAAUAGACUUCACCAAACCGUUCAUGAAUCUUGGGAUCUCAAUUCUCUUCAAGAUACCCACAAGCCAGCCCACACGACUCUUCUCCUUCAUGAAUCCGUUAGCAGUGGAGAUCUGGCUUUACGUCUUGGCUGCCUACGUUCUCGUCUCCUUCACUAUGUUCGUCAUGGCUAGAUUCUCCCCUUACGAGUGGAACAAUCCUCACCCCUGCAACGCCGAGAGUGACGUGGUGGAGAACCAGUUCAGUGUUAGCAACUCCUUCUGGUUCAUAACUGGUACGCUGCUUCGUCAGGGUUCUGGUCUCAACCCCAAGGUACCUCAGAGAGUCCCUACUCAGCUGUUUAGCUUUAUGAACCCCCUGGCGGUAGAGAUCUGGCUCUACAUUAUGGCUGCCUACAUCGUCGUGUCCACUACCAUCUACAUCGUGGCCAGGUUCUCCCCCUACGAGUGGCACAUUCCCGGCCCUUGCUACGACAACAGGGAGUUCAUGGAGAAUGACUUCACGUUAAGCAACUCCUUCUGGUUCACCAUCGGAACGCUCAUGCAACAAGGGUCUGACCUGAACCCCAAGGCUGCCUCUACGAGGAUCGUGGGAGGCAUCUGGUGGUUCUUCACCCUCAUUAUCAUCUCUUCCUACACUGCUAACCUCGCUGCCUUUCUCACCGUUGAACGGAUGAUCACCCCUAUUGAGAGCGCUGAGGACCUCGCUGAGCAGAGUGAGAUCGAGUACGGUACUCUAGAAGGCGGCUCCACCAUGGCCUUCUUCAGGGUUGUGUGGACAGAUUCCAAGAACGAAACCUAUCAGAAGAUGUGGAGAUACAUGGAGAGUAAAAGACCAUCAGUUUUCGUCCCUACGAUUGAGGAUGGAGUGAAACGAGUUCUUCAGGGUAACUACGCCUUUCUGAUGGAGUCAACCAUGCUGGACUACACCAUCCAGAGGAACUGUAACUUGACGCAAGUUGGUGGUCUUCUUAACUCAAACUCUUACGGCAUAGCGACACCCAUUGGCUCUCCCUGGAGAGAUAAGAUCUCUCUGGCCAUCCUGGAGCUGCAGGAGAAGGGUGUCAUCCAGAUGUUGUACAGCAAGUGGUGGAAGAACACUGGAGACGUCUGUAACAGGGACGAGAAGAACAAGGACUCGAAAGCUAACGCUCUGGGAGUGGAGAACAUUGGAGGAGUGUUCGUGGUGCUGAUGUGUGGCCUGGCGCUGGCUAUAGUGGUGGCUAUCCUGGAAUUCUGUUGGAACUCCCGCAAGAACGCUAACUCCGACCGGUAUUCAGACGACGACGACAACGACGAAGGAGACGACAAGGAGAGACGAGGAGACGAGGAGGAAGAGGAAGAACUGGACGAGAAAGGCGAGAAAAUACUUCGUCCGCGAGUGGUUCGUCCACAGCAGCAGUCGUUGUGUUCAGAGAUGGCAGAGGAGCUGCGGUUUGCCAUGCGCUGCCAAGGGUCUCGCCAGCGUCCUGCGCUCAAGAGAAACUGCUCCCGCUGCGCUCCAGGCACCACUUAUGUGCCUGCAGCCACCGACCUGCCGCAGGCCAAUGGCGUGAGUGCCUUCUUCGUCUCCCCAGGAUCGUGUUCCAGCCAUCGGCACUCCCGUGGCACCGUCGACAACGCUUCCGCCGCCGCCGACACCGACUCUCUGCCCACCGACAUUACCCCGCCUCCGCCAGCACCGCCGCCUCCCUUCUCCUUCCCUUCAGCUGUGCCCUCCACUUAUGGCUCAAGGCAAUCCUCCAUACCCCUCCCUCUACCUUCCUCCUCCCUCACUUCCCUCCCGCCUCCUCCAUCACCUCUAUCUUGCUCGUAAAAAAGUGCCUGGAAGGAAUUUCUCCCAUUAAAUAUAACAUUAGAGAACCCAACUCACACAGACUUAAUUUAGAUACGAAUUUAAAUAAAUAUUUACCUCUCUUGCGUUCUGUUUCCUUGAUAAAUCAGACACAUGUGUAACACUUUGGUACCUUUAUUGCGGAAACGUUUCGCCACACAGUGGCUUCAUCAGUCCAAAGAAGAAUGGUUGAAGCUCAGAAGGAGUUUGAGGUAAUCAGUCCCUCAACCUGAAGUCGAUGUAAUCAGUCCAUCAAUCUCUAAACUAUUUAUUUACACUGUUUUCUUAUCUGACUUACCCAUACACGAUCUCUCACCCAUACAAGAAAGAUAAUGGGGGGCACUCGCAGCCCAUAAGGGGUGAAAAAAUGGGUGACAAAUAGUUUUCGACCAUUAUCUCUCUUACCACAUUACCAGCCUCACUGGUUAAAGGUUCAGAGAGGAAUUAGCUGACGGUGGCUCGAGCCUUCACCACUCCUAGCACUGAAUAACCCAUACAUGUCCAGUGCUUCAUGACAUACAUCUCACACUUAUUCUUUUCCCCUAUAUUCUCAAAUUAAUGUCUAUAUUUCCUACCUUUAUCAGUUCUCAGAUCUUUCUCCUUCAUCUUACAAAGAUUUCCUGGUAUUUAUCCCCCUCCAUCUUUAUUGGUUCUCUCUCUUCCUCCCAUGGGCGUAUUUUCUACAUUAUGACUCACGAAAUCGUAAUGACACAAAUGCAAACAAACCACGGAACGGUUUGGACUCGAACUAAUGACUUGGAAGUUUUAGGACUAGCUUGCCAUGGGUUCGAGUCUCCUCCCCCGCCUGCUCGUUUAUCAAUCUAUUUCUUUUCUUAUUGAGGCAUUAUCUUCUAUCUUUAUCAUUUCUUUCUCACGUCUCUCUCCUACACACCUCUCCCAUUAUCCUCUCCCAUGUAAUUCCCUCGCAUAUACUCUCCCACAAACCAUUUCUCCAAUAUAUCCUUCUAUAUAUCUUUCGUAAUGUAAGACAUACUCUCCUACAUGCCCUCUAAUAUGUUUUCCCGCAUACCCUGCCAACAUAUUCUUCCAACAUACCCUCUCUACAUACCCUCCCAGUAUACUCUCCCAAUAUACUCUCCCAACAUACCAUCUCAAAUACCAUCCCUACAUACCCUCCCAAAAUACCCUCUCAGCAUAUCCUCGCAACAUACCCUCCCCACAUACACUCCAAACAUACCUUUCCAACAUACCCUCCGAACAUUUUUCUCCGAAUAUACUCUCCCAACAUUCCCUCUUAACAUACCCUUCCAACAUACCUUCUCAAUAUACUCUCAGAACAUACCACAUACCCUCCAACAUACCCUCUAACAUAUUCUCUCAACAUUCCCUCUCAACAUACACUCCCAACAUACCACAUACUCUCCAACAUACCCUCCAACAUACCCUCCCAACAUACCACAUACCCUCCAAUAUACCCUCUAACAUACCCUCCCAAAAUACCACAUACUUUCCAACAUACCCUCCAACAUAAGACUCAUUAGCACCUAAUUAUAGGGGCUAGACCUUAAAUACACACCUAAUUACCUGCGACUCUCACUAAUUAGCCUCAAUAACACCUAAUUAUCAUUACCAUAGAUUUUAUAUUUUGGGGGCUUUAAACCCGCAAGGGGGUCAGAAAGCUCCAGUUCCUCGGAUCAAAGAGAAGGAAAAUAAAAAAAAAUUCCCCACAGUAUUUUUUUCCCGACCACAGGCAAUAAAUUCCCUGGUUUCACCCCUGUUGGGAGUUUCUUCCCCGCUAUUAUUCCCUAAAUUUUUUUCUCCUUUGAUAGAGGGAUUUUUUUUAUAGGAUUUUGUUACCUUUUUCUUCCCCUGUUUUUAAAAGGUAUUUUUUCCUGUCUUUACUUUGGGAAUUUUCCCGUAUUUUUCCUUCAAUUAGGGAAAAAUAAGUUUAUGUCCCUUAAUUAUAUUUGUUUUACCCAAAU